AUGGCUACCGCGCCCGAGUCGGACGCAGUCCAUAAUCCAGGGGGCCACAUUCAAACAACGAGUCGACUUGUUGGUGAUCGUGAUCGUCAGAGCGGGCUGUCGCAAGCACCAUCUUUCGUGCAUUGUCAAUACCAGUCACAGCCGCCGCGCCCCUCGCAACAGCUCCCCUCUCGCACUUCAUUCGAUCACCCUUAUGCAUAUAUGCCGGGUCCCUCGUCGCAGCCAUUGCGUAGUGAUGUCGAUUACCUUCCCGUUUCCAACCCAGGUUCAGCUGCAGAUUCAUCUCGAACUUGCGCGCCUGGACGUCCGGUAACUGGCCUGACAACUUUUUCUUCGGUCACUCUCUUACAACCUCACUCGGCACCCCCGGUGCUCCAUGAAAAGUCGUGUCUGCCUUUCCUUGGCGAAUCUCAUUCUCGCGUCCGCCAGACAAACGUGGUAUCACUACCUUCAUCCCUUGGACGCAGUCCUCAGUCGUCGUUCAGGCACCGCGUACCCGGGUAUGAGAGGGAUUUUUCUGCCCCUGUGUAUAUGGAUGAGUCGGAAAUGAGAGCAGAAGGUUGGAGCACUACGCCGUUGCGGCCAGCUGCGGGCUCGUCCCAGAUCGCACCUUCGGCGCGGCCCGCCCCAGACCCUUUCGGAAAUACCUAUGGAACGUCGAUGUCAGUGCAGCCCUCAUCGUCAUCCGUGGGGACGGAGCCAACAUCCCGUCACAUCCGCCGUUGGUCUUCGGUGAGCGUUGGCUCGACGCCGACAUCCCACUUACCAACGGCGUUCCAGGCUACCAGCCCGUUCCACGCUGCUCGACUUCGUCGGCAUUCUCAGGUUGGUCCAUCGGGACCAUCACCAUCAUGCCAACGCACCACCAGGAGAGCCUCUUCUCCGAGCCCAAGCCCGACUCCAGGCCUCGGUCACAUGCCUGCUCAGGCCGAGACAUUUGACACUAGCAUAGAGGGAACGUCAUCCACAAGUUCCACCGCUACUGCCAGCGGAACCCCACAAGACCACCAAGUGGUGGUGUGCGACGGUCUUCUUAUCGACGAGGAAUCUGUGCAUAACGCUCUUCAGAAGCCUGACAAGUUGCUGCAUGUAUAUGAAUGCUUCUGGGACCGCGAGAAUACCGCAUGUGGAAUGUGGAUCGAAGGCGACCAGCCUAGCAUCGCGGACCAUCUUCAGCAUUUCCAUGGGUUCAAAGGUGGGGAGACGACUACUCGUUGUCUUUGGCGCGACUGUCCCAAGCCGAACAUGAAGGGAACGAGCAUCGCAAGGCAUGUAGUCACUCACGUGGGCUUUCGUAUCAAAUGCGACACGUGCAAGCACGAGUUUGCAAGGGGUGAUGCAUGCAACAGGGCUCACAUCAGGUCUCACUGUACUGGGGUGGCACAACCUAUGUAUGGGGAGUUGCAACGCGUGCUUGAUGCACGCAAGGUCGAUCCUUCUCAUCGUCUCAUCAAAAAGAGACGUUUAGAAGAACUAUAG